GAACGCCCAGCCUGCUUCCAAGUUUAUGUUGGCGGGUAGGGCAGAGACGGCAGCUCCAAGUGCAAGAUGUUUUCACCGUGGCACCAGAGUUUUGCUCCUCAGCGGGAAGAGCUCUUUCUUUCUCAAGCAUUUUGGUCCCCUCCUCUUAACCUGGCACAGAACCUCACCCUUUCUGGGACACAAUGAAUAUUUGCUGCUUCACAUCAGUAAAAUUCAACUCGCAAUGUCUCUCCCGGGGAUCACCUUUAAG